AUGUUGCUCAACAUACUAUCGCUGUCAUUGCUGCCCUUCGGCGUCAACGCUGCCGCCAUAUUGAAACCGCGACUUGACGAUGGUGUGGCAGAUACACCUCCAAUGGGGUGGAACACCUACAACCACUACUCGUGUUCUCCAAACGAGACAAUUGUCCGCUCUAACGCGAAGGCCUUGGUCGACCUUGGUUUAGACAAACUUGGCUAUCGCUACGUGACCAUAGAUUGUGGAUGGACUGUUGCGGACCGUUUAGCAAACGGAUCCUUGAUUUGGAAUGAGUCACUAUUUCCUAGCGGAUUCCCUGCUAUUGGAGAUUACAUCCAUGAUCUGGGGUUACUGUUUGGCGUUUACGAGGAUGCCGGGAUCAAGACUUGCGACACUGGAAUUGAGCAGAUGGGCAGUCUCUAUCACGAGGAACAGGAUGCUGCGACUUUCAUGUCUUGGAAUAUUGAUUCGCUGAAAUAUGACAACUGCUACUCCGACGCUGCAAGUGGAUACCCCAACACGAACUAUGAUCCCACCACCUCACCCCGAACCCGGUAUGCAAACAUGACCAAAGCAUUAGCAGCCCAAGACCGCAAGGUCCUGUUCCAAAUCUGCGACUGGGGCGUCGACUUCCCCGCUCUCUGGGCGCCAUCGCUAGGCCACACAUGGCGUAUUGGCAACGACAUCAUUCCCGCAUGGCGAACUAUCUUCCGAAUUAUCAACCAAGCUGUACCGCAGACAUCCUUCGCCGGACGUGGCCAAUGGCCCGAUCUCGACAUGCUAGAAGUUGGAAACAACAUUUUCACCACUGCCGAAGAGCAAACUCACUUCUCGCUUUGGGCUAUCCUGAAAAGCCCGCUUGUGAUCGGGGGUGCGUUGAAAGAUGACUCGACACAGAUGAGCGACGCGUCUCUUUCCAUUCUUUCGAACCAGGAUGCUAUUUCCUUUAACCAGGACUCUCUUGGUGCCAGCGCUAGUCUUCGGCGUCGCUGGACCGAGGAGCAGUAUGAAGUGUGGAGCGGGCCUCUGUCUGGAGACCGCACGGUUGUGGCGUUGAUUAAUUGGGCUGAUAAAGCGCAAGACUUGACCUUGAAUUUGCCUGACGUUGGUCUUCAGUCUGCAGGAACUGUCAAGAAUGUCUGGGAAGGCACGACAGUCAGCAAUGUGAAGACGUCCUAUACGAGCUCGGUCGAAGCUCACGGUGUGAUGCUUCUGGAGCUACAGGACACUACCCAAGCCGGUGUAUACUCCAGCGAGACAUUCGGAACUGAAACAAGCAAUGACAUUACGUUCAAUGAAAUCUACGCAAACACGUCAAGCGCCAGUCAUACCAUCCAGGUCGUCUUCUCUGACGCAGCAACUACCGCUGGAAGCAUUCAACUGCAGUCAUCAUCGGACUCAAAGCCAAUCGUCAUCCAAGUCGCCAAAUCUGCUACAAGCGUCACUUCUACCAUAUCCCUGGUGGCAGGAUCAUCGAACAAGAUAACCAUUCAGUCCACCGCAUCAAUCGAUUCCAUCAAUAUUCAAGCCCCUGUGGGCACAUAUUACCCUUGCACUUCAUUCACUCCCAGCGGCUCCGCAGCCUUUGCACAAUGUGAUAGUGGAUUCUGUCUUCCAGUGGGAUCCAAAAUCGGUUACCUCGACGCAAACUCUCUUGCUAGCACCAACGUACCGGCGACUGUGUCUAAUGCCACUGCGGCGUCAAAGUAUCUAGAGGUUGAUUUCAUCAACAAUGACAUUGCUUUGGCGACUAGUUGGGGAUACGGGUCAAGUUCAAGAAAUUUGACAAUUACUCUGAACGGCGGGGACCCCGUUCGACUGGAAGUCCCCUUGACUGGGCGCCACAGUGAGCUGUUUGGGCCGGGCUUGGGCUGGUGGGAUAGUUCAACUCUUGGUAUUGUGAUCGAUGGAUGGAAGGAUGGUGACAAUGCAGUGGUGAUUGGCAAUGAGGUGACUGGGGAUGUGUUCCAGACCUAUGCUCCUGAUUUCGUGGGUCUGCGACUAUAUGAUUGA